AGUUCAAAUAUAUACUCAAAGGAUCAUUGCUGGAUUUAAUUAAAUUUGGAAUAAAAUCUAUAUAAGACAGUAUUGCAGUUGACAAAAAAAAAAAUUCUACAAAAUGGGACAAAUGGAACAGAAUAGAAAAAAGCUUGCAGUUUUAUUUGCACUGCUGUUGGGAAGCCAAUUAUGUAUAGCGCAAACUGGCUACAACUAUCCCAGGCCGGAUGUUGCUCUUGGCAAUACAGCUCCCGCCAUACCAAGUACAUCGAGUGGAAGUUCAGUUCGACCAUCAGUUGGAUUUCAAACAGCACCCUCAACAGGGUCUGGUUUUUCUCCUAGCCCUAAUUAUGGCGGAACCGUAGGUCCAACUGCCCCAUCAUUUGGUUUUUCAACACCUCAAAGGCCUGGAUCAGCUUUUGGAGGAACUGGCACCGGCUUCGGAGGUAGCCGUUCGUCUUCUGAUAUAACUACAACUGGUUUUCCAAAUACCAGUGGAAUAGGCAAGCGUCCUACCAUUCCAUCACGUUCUAGUGGAAUCUAUGGCACUGGAUCAACUGGUCUUGGAUCUCAACAACAAUAUUCAGGCGGUGGUGAUCAAUUUGAAGGAGAUUACUCAGCAAUUCCUGGUGAGCCUGGAGUCAACUAUCCUGUUUAUGCAGAAGUUCCACCAACAUCAUUUGACUGCAACCAACAGCAAUAUCCUGGAUAUUAUUCCGAUGUGGAAGCUCAAUGUCAAGUCUUUCACAUUUGUGCUCUUAAUCGUACUUACUCAUUUCUUUGCCCCAAUGGAACUAUUUUCAGCCAAGAGACACUCGUUUGUGUUUGGUGGAAUAUGUUUGAUUGUUCUUCAGCUCCUGGUCUCUAUGCAAAUAACGCUUUCAUUUAUGAUUACCUACAGCCAACAGAGGCUCGUCCAACUACAGGUGGAUCAUAUCCUGGUGGUGGAUUAUCCAGUCAGAAUCGACAACAAAGUGGCUUCCAGGGCAGUGGUAGAACAACUGGCACUGGAGGAGGUGGAGUAUUCUCUGGAAAUGUUCGACCCACUGUACCAAAUGCUUCAUUUGGUGGCGUUACAAGUGGUGUAACUCCUGUUGGAACUACGGCAUUUCCCAGCGGUGCCACUGGAACCGGUCGAUUUUCAGGUGCAGCUAAUGCGCCCACUGCUGGAGCCUUUCCGACAGGCCCGCCUGCAACAGCACCAGCCUUCGGAACAACAAUUCGCACCGGAUUCUCGCCGAUUCAAGAUGCGACGUUCCCAUCUUCACAGGUUUCUCCAACAACUGCUAACCGAGAAUACUUGCCACCAAGACGACCUUAGAACACUUAAACGCAUGAUUGAUCACCUUAGUUUGGAUUAGUGCACAAAACCCACCACAUUAUAAUACAAACGAUAUAAAAGUAAUUUUAGUUAUGUAAGAUUUUGAUUACAAUGUAAAAUC